ACCAUCCACCACAGAUAAUAGCUGCUGCUUCGAUCGAAUGAGGCCGGCAUGCAGUGAAAAUGGUUAUAUUUUGGAGUAAAGAUUAACAGCGUGAGACGCGUCAUCAGUGACAGGUAUUGCGUGUUGCUAACUAUCGACACGACGUCUCCGUGUGCUUGCUUAAUGCGGACGAUAGUGAUGCUUUCACCAAAAGUUUUUCCUCCUUCUGGUCGACCCUCCACAAAGAAAAGACUGCUCUCGCAACUCUGAAUUGCGUGGUAAAUCUGUUCAAAAACACGCUCUUGUCCAACAAUGAGUUGAUUAUACAUGUUCUUGCUCUUUGCGUGAAAUGUACCCUCAUUCCUCCGCAAAUAUAGUUCUUCGUUGUAUACUUCCAAGAUCACCGUGCACAGCAUGACAAGCGCACGGGAGUCAGAUGAUCAUCUUUAUAUGUACCUGCGAAGGUACGGUUCUGGGAGCUCAGCGCUCAGCAAUUGUCAGCGUCACGGUGUUCCGAUUCGGACAGCAAGACUCGAUUCAAAUCCCAUCUGGACUCUGUGCAGUUCAAGUCAACGCAACACUACAAACAGCAAUAUUCUCUGCAGAAUAUCCUUGGCUCCUCUACUUUUCAUGAUAGUGCUGGUUAUGCCGGCCGUUUUGGCUGUGCCUGCGAUCUUGAACCCUAAGGGUGUCAGUACUACUGGUCUACCACUGCAGCGGCUGCUGGUACCUGGUGGGGAUAAUCCGCGAUUUUCUCUUCCUCGCGCUGCCGUCACAACGACCACUACAGUCGUAGUCACUAAUGUCAUGACAACUACAACAACACUCAGAGGACUUGCGUAUGCUGAAGAUACGAUGACCCACAGAACUCAUGGGUUUUACCGCAGCCUUACUACGGCUUAGUUCUAUGUGACAUUGGACUUGAGCGAUACCAAAAAUGUCUCAAUGGAAUAUGGUUAAGACUGAUGCUCGAUAGCGGGACAGAAGCAUGAUGGCAGAGUCAAUUGUUGGGAACAGAAUUUGAGGACUGAGGAGUCAUGCGUGGCUGGGCAGUGUCUAUCAAUCCUACAGGUAUGGUUGCCGGAGCUAUCCAGGCUCCAAUUGGUGAUGAGAUACCCGUCUGGGCGCACUUGCUGACAUGCUGGUGUACUUCUUGCAACGGGAGUUAACGUUCACCCUGGGUACCUUUACCAAGAGUCACUAAUACUAGCCUGAGCGUGAUUCUAUAAGAAGUCCUCCUGAACUUUAAAGUCCACCGUUAAGUGUACAUCUCUUCCUUGAAAACACGGUCACCGCCAUCUUUGAUUGCAAAUAUUUUCGUUCUUCCCUUCGCACUGAAU